UGUGUGCAGCCGAGAAAUACGCGCCGAGACGUAUUCGCUUCGGCAGUCGAUCGCGGCGCGAGCGCAGUCGAACCUGGUCAGGUGCGACUUUCCUUCCGUUUUCCUCGUGCAUCGAGUGCGAAACACGCGAAACACGUCGGGUGGAUAAACACGAUCGUGUUGCAAACACGAUCACCGUUUCCCCGAAUUUACCGCCGCAAUAUUGGAUCGCCACGAGUUGCUGGCCGAUCAUCUGGGCCACGUGUUACCGUGUUUUCAGAGAAGAGUGGCAACACGGUGAAUAUUUUAUGACCGGAGGAUAGGAUAGGAUAGAACUCGAUUCCCUUUUCUUUUUUUCGAGCACGGGUGGACAGCCAGACAUGCCGUACUCUAAGUGUAGAACGUUUCUCCGUUUCUUCGCGAUUUGUUCGUUCUCGACUUGUGGACUGGUGAUGGCUCAACUCGAGGAUACCAGAUACCCCGACCAAAGGAUAGUGUUCCCCGAUCGGGGGAGAGAAACGGCGAAUCCUGCGUUGGAGGGCGGGCCGAGUGGAGGAGGAAUUGGCGAAUUGGCGAAAUCGAUACAAUUAGCCAAGAAAAUCAGUUCCAUUAAUUCGAGAGACGAUUUUCUUAAAUUAGUCAAAGAUGUGCCGAAGGAUAUAUCUUUCUUCUCCUCGAGCAGUAGAAUGGGAGAAACUGAACGUUCGAAUGCCGAGCGACCAAAUCAAGCUUUGUGUAUGCCUGAAUUGCAAACAGUUCCUCUAUUAGAAAAUGAGCCAUCUGUUAUUUAUUAUCCAACUUGCACACGGAUCAAAAGAUGCGGAGGUUGUUGUACACACUCACUCCUCUCUUGUCAACCAACGGCUACGGAAAUUCGAAAUUUCGAGAUUCUUGUGACAAUUCUUGAAUCCAGUGGUAAAUUAAAAUAUCAAGGCAAACGUAUCGUACCGAUAGAGGAGCACACGCAAUGCACGUGUGACUGCAAAAUAAAGGAGACGGACUGUAACAAGAAACAGUCUUAUGUACCAGAGGAAUGUACAUGUGCGUGCAACAACGUCGAUGAACAGAAAAAGUGUAAUGAAAGCAACAUAAAAAUGUGGCACCCAGAUCUUUGUAGCUGUUUUUGCAGAGAAACACAGGAAUGUUCAACUGGUUUUUAUUUCGACCAAAAUUCAUGCAGAUGCCUGCAAGUACCGCUAUCUAGAACAUGGUUUACAUCCACAAAAGGUUCUGAUUAUAGAUUCGGACAAACACAAAGACCAGAUAAUGUACCACCGGUAAUAAUUGCCCUAGAUUCAGAUGAUCCUAGAAGAAAACCUAAACCAGAUCCAGAAUAAUCAGAUUGGUCAUUUAUAGGCUAAAUUUUAAAACAAUUUAAUUUCUUAUCUUUGUGCCAUUUUGUUAUACAUAAAAGUAUUGAUAUUAUUUAUGUAUUAAUAUUAAUAUUAAUAUUAGUUAUUGCAAAAAAUAAAUGAAUGUAUUUUUAUAUAUCAAAAAAUAUUGUAAUAUAAAGAAAUACAAUUAUUU